UAUCAUAUGGAAGCAACCGCCAUUUCGAGCACUGUUUGGUGUUUGAAAGGUUACGUGUCAAACCGCAUACUACCACACUAGUUAGUGUUUCUAAAUAGAGCACCACCAAAGAGUACGCUCAUGUGUACAGUGCACUUCGUAGUGUUGCAGUACUCGGAUUAGGACGCAGUCAAUGUUUCAAGCUUUUUCCCUAUUCAAUUUGUCAAUUCUUUCAGAAGUUCAAAUAUGUCUGAAGAAAAUACAACUCAGGCUCUAUGGAAGUUAAAACGUUAUGGACGUUUUCUGCCAAAAGCCAAAAAUGUCGGGGAAAACUCUUCAUGGAAGAAUCUGAACUCCGUCACGUCCGCAACAAGGAGGUGUACGAGUCCAGUGAAAGCAAAGGCACGUUGGAGCUGACGAUACUGGAAUCUGGUCAUCUGCUCAUCUCACAGGCUCAGGAACUACUGGAAGGCUUCUCUCUUCUGAACGCUCCGAGCUUUCUGAAGAUCCAGCAGAAAUCAGACAGCCUGCUUUUCUACUUCACACUGAAGGAAGAGAGUCGUAUGAUACGACUGCAGUUUGAGGGCAGCAGCAGGUCUGAAGCUGUAGAUUUAUGCAGGAAGGCAGUCGAGAAACUGAAUGAAUAUCUGCCUGUAGGCACCCAGGAGCAGCCUGGCCCUUCAUCUGCAGUUCACACCAGUGGAAUCUCUAACCAGCAACAGCAGACUCCUGUAGCGACACCGCAGGUGAUCCAUGACGUUAUCCCGGAAUCUCUGUCCAUCAAGCAGCUUUCUCAGUACUUCCUGGGUGAGAGUGGAUUGUCCCUGCCUUUGGCAUAUCAUCAUUUGUCUCUGCCUCCUGGUGAUAUGGAGGGACUCUUGCGCCUGUGUUUGCUGGACUCUGGCUUCCCUGGUUUUGUAGAAGAUGUGGAGAACAAGCUAAAAGCCUUGAGCCAAGAAUAAGGGUCGCAUGAGAGCCUGGGGCCUAUCCCAGGGAACUCGGGGCACGAAGCGGGGGGACCGAGGUUUGGGGACCGCCCCAUCGCAGGGCACAAUCGCACACACACACCCUUUCACAGACUACGGAAAUGCCAAUCAACCUACAAUGCAUGUCUUUGGGCUGAGGGAGGAACCCGAAGUACCCGGAGGAAACCCCCGAAGCACAGGGAAGCUUUGCGAGCUUUGUGUACACAGGGCGGAGAUGCGAGGUAAACGUGCUGCUAUCCACUAAGCCACCCCCAAUGAAUAUUUUAUCUGUAAUACUUCAAUUUACAGACAACGGUUCCAGUGGUAGGCCAACAUGCAUGACUGAUUUUUUUUAAUCCUGAGAUAUGGAAAAGAACUGGCCAAUUGCAUGUUCUUAAUUAAACAAUUAAAACCCUAUGUGCUUCAAUUCCGUCUUUCCUUCUUUCUCUUUGCCAGCUCAUGAACCAUUUCGAGCUGAUGUGCUGAGUCAUCAGCUUCUCAGUAGGUGCUUAGUUAUGCAUUAGAUACUCCUGAUGCUUAAAAUCUGUUGAGUCUGCCAUUCUGGCCAUCGACCACAAGUCUCUUCUUAAACACUGCUCCACCAUGGACAGGUAACUGCCGCAGCUUUAUUAUUUUUUUUCGCUAAUCCUUAAAAUUACGGUAAUUCUUUCUAUGCAAUUAAGCAGGAUCAGGAAGAGACCCGGAGCGAGUGUUUAUUGCCGUGAACAUGGAGGACGGCCCAGGCGUGGCCUGGGACACGGACGACAUCACUGCUCUCUAAUUAUGGUGCACACGUGCCAUCUGAGGAUUGUGUGGCUGCGUGGGGGUUGGAGUAGGAGCUUAGUUGGGCAUUAUCCUCACACACUUCUCCCUUGACGGGGAGUAAAUCGCCUCCUCUCUAAACAGAUAGGACUUUCACUGCUAUUCAAUGUCAUUCUGGCCUGCUUCCAAACCGUGACCCCUAACGAAAGUGUGCCUUUACUCUUGUGAUCACUGAUAGAAAGAGAUAGGUUAACAGAACAGAUACAAUGCAUGUUAUUUGUAGCGAAACCUCAUCUGCAUCCUUUUUUUUUGGCCCAAAAGAAAAAGGAUGUGUAACCUAUACGAAAAGGAAGCGAGUGAACACACUUGCCAACUGCAUUCAUGAAAUUAUAAUGAAUAGAGAAUCAGCAACACUUUUAGAACCAGCCACAUGGAUGAAUUUCAGAAUAUUAUGUGAAAACAGGUUUCUAAUUAGUUUUGCAGUUUAACUCGUAUAAUUAAGAGGAAGGGAAAAAAAAUAAUAACCACUCUAGAUUACGCUCGCACAAAACCUCAAUAGAUCUACGGACUAUGGUGCGCAGCAAAUCAAAUUACGCUGGAAUGUAUUUAAGAAUUGUCUCACUGUCGGCCCAAAAUGCACGUAGGAGCAGAUUAUCAUUGUGAACAAUAAACUCUUGCCAUUAGAAGCGGCUGGGACUGGAUUCAGGCCUUAAUCCCACCCCAGCACACAAGCCUCCAUCUGUUCCCUCAGAGCUGAGAGCUGGAGAGAGAUGUGCCAAGGACAUGAGAGCCUGGGGGUGGAGCGCGAGAGAGAAAGGAGCACAGCUCACCUUCCUGCUUUCCGAUCUCAACUGGUUUUUGGCCACGAUGAUGGCCUCACCCUUA